UAAAAUCGCAUGCGAAAAAGCCGAGAAAAAGAACUUGCCACCACUGAGAAGAAAAUGUGCAGCUUAGUCCUUCUUUAGCUUUGAAUUCCUAGUACAAUGUUCCUAGAUAAAGGAUGCAUAUUCUCGUGAGAGUGGACUUUUAUUUUACGCAUUAGCACUCCCCCCCCCUCCCCCUGAGUUUCGAAUUUUAACCUACCGAAAACUACAGAUAAAAUAUUGGUGCUCCGACCGAAAUCCGCCAAAAUAAUCUGGCCACAUUGAUUGUGUUGUUGAUUGUUUUCAUACACUUCUCGGGAAUUGGUGCCGCAAUGGAUCUUCAAAGUACCGAUCGAGAGAAGGGGGAGAAGGUGAAGAUAGUUAACCAGGUGAAGCACAUCCCGAAAGAUGCUCAGGUGGUGAUGUCGAUCUUGAAGGAGCUUGGUGCGACCGACUACGAGCCGCGAGUCAUUAACCAGCUCCUGGAAUUUACCUACCGAUACGUAACGUGCAUUCUGGACGACGCCAAAAUAUACGCCAACCAUGCGCGCAAGAAGGUGAUCGAGCUGGACGAUGUGAAGCUGGCCACGCAAAUGAUUCUCGACAAAGCGUUUACGCGGCCGCCGCCCCGUGACGUACUGCUGGAGAUUUCACGCGUCCGCAACGCCACACCGCUGCCGCUGAUAAAGACGCACUGUGGAUUACGCCUGCCGCCGGACCGCUACUGCCUUUCGGCGUGCAACUACAAGCUGCGUGCGGCACAGCAACCGAAGCGCAUGAGUAAAUCUGCCCUGGAAGGACGGUCGUCGCUCAAGUCGGGUAAGGGAGCGGCCGGCGGUGCGGACGGUGGCGUCAAGCGCCCAUCCGUGCAGUCGACACCGAAAACGCAGGUGGUUAGCAUUCCGAAACCGGUGUUCAAGUUUAGUACGGCUCCGAAGACGACACCUGCGGCUGCGGCAGCCAAACCGGUCAAAACGUCGGUCACGGCCAUGGGCAGCAAUGGAGCGGCGGCAGCGGGCAACGCUGGUACAGCGGGAGCGGUAGAGAUUAAGAUGGAAACGGACGAUCAGUUCGGCGAGGCAGCCAACGGCAGCAACAAGCGUAAGCGGGAGGAGGAUGACUUUGAAGUAGUGGAGUAAUGUAGCAAAUACACCUAUGGAAAACGUAGCAUUUAUGGACAAAAAAUCGACCGCGACACCUAAAUGAUGGGAAAGAAAAGGCAGCAUGCAACGUGAAGUACAAAAAAGCAUUCAUUGUUUAUUGACGCAGCCGUGGUUCACUGAUCUUUGAGAGCCUGAAUGGUAACGCACCCUAAAUCCAUGAUUUGAAUAUAUUCCGACCCUCCGCCAUGUAAUCGGAAGCAACAUUCCUGCAAGAGGGAGUAAUAAAAUUCUACUAACACCGGUUCA